AAAGAACACAAUAAAAGUGACCACUGCACACAUCACGAUGACCGCGGGAAUGAUGAUGUAUAGGACAGAGGUUGAGAUUACUGGCCUGGUGGUGCUGACGAUAUCCCCUAUAGGAGGCUGCAGGUAGCAACGCGGUUUUGUUUUAUACACCAAACGCGUACAGUUACCACAGAGUAAGUAGAUACGGCAUAACAUGUGCCGGGAAAGAUUACGUCACAUUCAGAGUGAGGGCAUGUAAUGACGCUCACUUGGCACUGAUGACGUAUGACCGAGACAGUGGUCCGCUAUACGAGAUCGUCAUCGGGGGGUGGGGGAACGGAAAAUGCUGCAUACGUAAGGGUAAACAAGGGCACUGCUACCGGGAGUACAGCGGGCGGGUUCUCAGCUGCAGCUCUUAUAACUACUUCUGGGUCUCCUGGGGUGGAAACAGGAUCAGGCUGGGGAGGGGCACCACGUACGGUUCGAGCACUCUCAUGGAUUUCCCUGACUCCUCGUACAGAGUGAACUACCUGGCUGUCAGUACUGGAUGGGGUGCCACGGGAUAUUGGGAGUUCUCCAAUCCACCAGUUCAUGGUGGUUGGUCAUCGUGGGGCGGGUACGGCUCCUGCAGUAGAAAUUGCGGAAGCGGAACACAAUCCAGAAGUCGAAGUUGUACAAAUCCCAGACCCUCCAACGGAGGAAGAUCUUGUUCCGGUUCAUCGACAUCAUCACGAAGCUGCAAUACCCACAGCUGCGCAGUUAAUGGCGGAUGGUCAUCUUGGUCCGGCUAUGGAUCCUGUACAAGAUCUUGCGGAUCCGGAACACAAUCAAGAAGUCGUAGCUGCACAAACCCAAGGCCCGCUCACGGUGGAAGAUCUUGUUCCGGGUCGUCUUCUUCUUCACGAAGCUGCAACACUCAUAGCUGUCCAGUUAAUGGCGGAUGGUCAUCUUGGUCCGGCUAUGGAUCCUGUACAAGAUCUUGCGGAUCCGGAACACAAUCAAGAAGUCGUAGCUGCACAAACCCAAGGCCCGCUCACGGUGGAAGAUCUUGUUCCGGAUCGACUUCUUCCUCACGAAGCUGCAACACUCAUAACUGCCCUAUUAAUGGUGGAUGGUCAUCUUGGUCCGGCUAUGGAUCCUGUACAAGAUCUUGCGGAUCAGGAACACAGUCAAGAAGUCGUAGCUGCACAAACCCAAGACCCGCUUACGGUGGAACAUCUUGUUCCGGAUCGACUUCUUCAUCACGAAGCUGCAACACUCAUAACUGCCCUAUACACGGCGGUUGGUCUUCUUGGUCUGGUUACGGCUCGUGUUCUAAAACAUGCGGAACCGGAUCUCAGUCACGAAGUCGCUCUUGCACGAACCCAGCACCUCGUUACAACGGAAAUUCAUGUUCCGGAUCCACCACCAGUUCCAGGAAUUGUAACACACACAAUUGUCCAAUUGACGGUCAGUGGUCUGCAUGGUCAGGCUACGGAGCAUGUUCUCUGACAUGUGGUACCGGGAAACAGUCCAGAACUCGUACCUGUACCAACCCUGCCCCACAAUACCUCGGAAAGGCCUGCUCGGGAUCGGCAAGCAGUUCAAGAGACUGCAACACACACCACUGUCCAAUUGAUGGAAAUUGGGCGUCUUGGGCUGCCUAUCGAGCAUGUACUGAGACUUGUGGGGGUGGUAUUCAAACCAGAUCUCGCACCUGCACUAAUCCUACCCCACAGCAUCUGGGUAAAGCCUGCGCAGGAAUGUCAUCCCAUUCCCGAGCCUGCAACACCCACAACUGUCCAAUUGACGGUAAAUGGGCGAAUUGGGGUAACUGGGGCACCUGUACAGUUACCUGUGGAGGAGGCUCACAGUCCCGAAGCCGCACGUGCACGAACCCUGCACCACAAUAUAAUGGGAAAGCUUGUCCAAACUCGGCUACAUCGACCCAGAGCUGCAAUACUCAUCCAUGUCCCAUCGAUGGCGGCUUCAGUAACUGGGGGUCCUGGGGAGUUUGUACGGUAACCUGUGGAGGGGGUACCCAGGACAGACAGAGGUCCUGUACAAACCCCGCCCCUCAGUAUGGCGGGGCUCAGUGCAGCGGGGCGACCACAAGCACCCAGGACUGCAACACUCAAGUUUGUAUCAUUGACGGAAGCUGGAGUAAUUGGUCCGGGUUUGGAGAUUGCUCGGUGUCAUGUGGAGGAGGAAAGCAAUCUCGAACCCGAUUUUGUACAAAUCCUAAACCAGCUAACGGAGGAAAGAACUGUCCUGGAAGUGCCAGUGACUUGGCUGACUGUAACACAGCAGCCUGUCCUACCGUGGCACCAGGGACGUACCAACAACUAUGUCCAGCCGGAUGGUUUACUUGUGAAUCAGGAGGAAUCACGUGCAUUGACAACCAGUUCCAGUGCGACUGCUCAAAGGAUUGUGACGACGGAAGUGACGAAGAUGUAAAUUACGCUGGUUGUCAGGCGGCUCAGAUGAUGGAAUGUCAAAGUGGAGGAGAACAUCUUCGGUUCUCCUACUUGGCUUUGGUAUUUGUUCUGUUGUUUACAACGCUUGUGCAAAUGAUGCUGUGAUUGCUUCAUCUUUGACUGAUUCAGCAACAGGACUCAUGUACCUCAAGGAACAUAUUAGUUGUUUCAGAAAAAUUAAU